AUGGCUAAUCUGGAGACGUCAGUGCAUAUCGGCAUCUGGUUCAUGGUCGGGGUAUCUCUCUUGGCCCUCGCGUUGAGACUCUAUUGUCGACUGUCUAGGCGGCGGCCGUUAUGGUGGGAUGACUUUGUUCUCGUGGGCGCUUGGGUGAUGGCAGCGAUUGCUGGUGGUUUUAUCAGCGCGUUCGCCUCCCCGGGCUCCGGAAUUUCCAUUGCGAGCGACGACAGGGUCAUGACGUAUUUCAACGUAUGCUCCGUCUUCUGCGGACUCGCGUCGGCCUGGUCCAAGUCCUCGUUUGCUCUAACCCUGUUGCGUCUCGAGAGCGGCCGGGCGAGAUAUUUCCUCUGGUAUGCUCUUGUAACGAUUAAUGCCUCGUACCUUUUAUACGUAGUCACGGCUUGGAAUAAGCCUUGUGGUGCCAAGGGCGGGGACGACCUGUACAUUCCUGGGCCUUGUUGGAACUCUACUGCUAAGACGGCCGUUCCUCUUUCGGUGGUGGUAUAUUCGGCGGCAAUGGACUUUGCGCUCGCUUUCUUCCCCUGGAGGAUUGUAUGGAAAACUCAGAUGGUGAGAAAGGAGAAGAUAGGGGUUGCGCUAGCCAUGAGCUUUGGCGUCCUCGCCGGCGUGAUAGCGAUUAAGAGGGCCGCGAACAUGACGGGAAUGGACCCGAUAGCAUCAUUCACUUACUUUUAUGGGAGAUGCGUUCAAUGCGUUUAUAACUUGGCUGAGCCGUGCGUAAGUAUCGUAGCGCAAUCGAUCCCCAAUUUGCGAGUUCUUGUCAUAAGGGAUAAGUCAUCUCGUCCGCCCCGCCGUGCGACUACGCUUCCUGCUGCCUUUCGGAAAGGCUCGGGCACGAGGGGCGUGUCCAGGGAAUGGAGAUGGCCAGGUUUCGGCAGCGAUAGAGAUUCGGCAAAGGACUUGCGCAAUUUUGCAAUGGUAGAGGAUGGGACCCAUCAAGUGUGA